AUGAUUAAAAUAAAACCUAAUGGAGAGCUGUUAAAUUAUUAAUUCUUAUAGGUAAUGUUUUAUUACCAUUUUCAAGGUUCCUUAAUGCAACUUUUGUUCAACUUAUAUUAGUAAUCUUAGUAUAAUCAAAAAGGAUCAAUGGCAAUGCUAAAUUUGUAAAAGAUUGUUAAAGCUACCAGUUUGGUAUAAGCAAUAACCUAUCUUAUAUGAUAACUUUGAAAUUGCUUUAACACAGCCAUCUUUUAAUAGAAGAGCUCUAUUUUUGAUUGAUGUGACUUCUCAAGUUUUAUGUCGAAUGAUUAUUCCUUUAAUUGAGUAAUCUCUUAAUCAAUUUGAUGAAGUAUUAUAAAUAGUUAUAAAUCAAGAUUGCCUUAAUCCCUUGUACUCCAUAUCCUACUAUUCUACAAUUUGUUAAUAAUAAAAUCAGAAUGAUAACACUUACAUCAUAAGAUUAAGAAUGCAAAUUAGAUCUUUUCUUAAAUUGUUCAACAGAAUUCUAAAAAAUUAGAUAACUCUGUAGAAUCAUUGAAAGUCUCUCAUAAUAUAAUCAAAAUGCUAAUGUUUUAAAAUCUAAUUAUCCUAUUGAAUUAGCUUAAUCAUUUAUAAAUAGAUUGCUAGAAUAUUAAUCAAUUAAAAUUAUUCAUUUUACUUGGAUAAAUUAAUUCAUUAAACCAGAAAUUAAAUCUCAAACAGAUAUAAAAAUAGGAAAGAACCAUUAUCAUUUAUUCAUAAUUCAAUAAUCUUGCAAUGUUUAGGAUUAUUAUAAUGAAAUUUCUCGAAAUUUACAUGGAAAAUGUAAUGUUUACAAUGAUGAUGAUUGUAAAAUUUUAUAUAAUAUUUAGUGGACACAUUUUACAAUGAAGUUGAUGCCUUUUUCUAAAGUUCAUUUUGUUGGGAAGCUUAAAUUCAAAUCAAUUUACCUCAAGGUUGGAAGAUUCAGAAAUUUUAAAAUCUAAAUACCGAUUCUAACUAAUUCUAUUUACCCUAUCUUACAAAUUAAGAUGAAAUAUAAAUUGAAUUCAUUUAAGAAGUUAAAUAAAAACCAAAAGAUAAUUUAGUUUAAACUAUAAUUUCAUAUAAAUCAAAGACAUAAAAACACAUCUGUGUUGCAAAUGAAAACAUUUUAGAAUGA